AUGCAUAUGGCUAGACCUUUGCAUGCGGUCGAGGAGUUUAGAGGAAUGAUAUUUAAUAGGGAGACCUUCCAUGUUGGGGAUGCAAGCUUGAGUGAGAAGGAUUUUCGUGACAUCGUAGCUGUAGAGAUUUUGAGAACUCGGGUGGUUUCCUUUAGGGAGUUUGAUGCUUUUGGAUCUCCUUGUUCUUCAGGAAUAGAUAGUCGAUCAUUAGUAUGUGAUGGAUUGCCAAUGUGGAGAGCGCUUUUGUUCGGCAAAGGCCAAGGUCAGAUUUACAUUAGGUAUUUUGAAAGAGCUAGGGAAUUGGUGGUGCGAGGUUGUCUAGGGCCUCGAAUCAUGUGCGGUCGAGUCCAUGUCAUGACAGGUGGUGUUGUUAGGAACCAUGAGGUGGAUUAA